GCCCUCAUGACGAGCACCCGCAUCCAGCUGUAUGAGGUCAACCAGCGGACCCUGACGCAGUGGCAUAACCAGAGGAGCAAAGCCAUGAUGAGGGACACCAUCGCCAUUGCGGUUCCGGGGCCCAGCGCUCCCCAGACUGCAGCGGAGCCCCUGCCCGCCCCACGGACUCUGCUGCAGCAUCCUGAGCAGCCAGACCAGCCCCUCCAGCACCACCUGCCCACAGACGCCUCUGGUCUGGCUGCCACCAUCAGAGGGCCGCUGGCCCCGGAACUGUAUGACCUCAUCACGGCCAGCUCCUCCACUGCCUCCUCCUCCUCCUCAACAGCCACCCCACAAACCAGCACCGCCCCAUCAACCAGUGCCAGCGCGGACGCCACCGCCGGCGCAGAGACUGGUGCCACCUCCUCCGCAGCCGCAGCCGCCACUGCUCCAACAGUGUCAAGGACUGCCUAGGAGAAAGAGCGCCGUGCCCGGGAGCUGGGAGAGGACCUCAAGCCAGUGAAGAAGGUCACUCACUUCAACUGCAGGCGCUGUGGCCAACCUAGAACCAGAGAGUUUGGCCACAGUCGCUACAAGAAGGAGACCUUCUGCUCCCGGGCCGAAGGGAGAGGGAGAACAGUGGCUGGCAGAAAUGAAGCUGAGGGAUGAGGCAGUUCCCCCUCCUUGAGUGGACACUGUGUGUGUGUGUAAUGGGGCAGCUCCCCCUCCCUGAGUGGACACUUUGUGCGUGUGUGUGUGUGUGUGUGCGUGCGCGCGUGUUUGUUUGAGAGGGG